UCGAUAAAGCAGUUAGUCAAUGGCCGAAUUGAGAAGAAGUGAAUAAUAAAACUCGGACAUCUCUUAAGAUCAGUUUUCAGAUUAUGUUCCUGUUGCUGCAGCCAAUUCCAGAUAGUUCUUCGUGCGAUUUCGUCGUACAUAAAACUUAGGCAUUACGAGUGCAUCACAUUUUUAUCCCUAUUCCUAAACUUUGAAGAAAUUUGUGCGGUAGUCCCUGAAUUAAAUUUUGUUAGGUUAUGCUGGUUUUUAUUAUCGUCUGAUACGUUUCAAUGCUUUACAAUGAGUGAUAAUCGUGAAACGUUAGAAAACUUCAACCCAAAGUUGUACAAAAAAGUUCAUGAGAGACCGGUCACGGGAGAUGACGCCAACGAGGAAGUCAUCGAUCAGUUUGACUCCAGAGAAAUAUUCGAUUUAAUUCGAAACAUCAAUGAUCCGGAACAUCCCUUAACGUUGGAAGAAUUAAAUGUUGUCGAGCAAAGUCAAGUGGAAGUCGAUGACGAAGGUAACAAAGUUGUGGUGAGGUUUACACCAACUAUUCCUCACUGCAGUAUGGCGACGCUGAUUGGCCUCUCGAUUCAAGUGCAGUUGAUAAGAGCGUUACCAGCUAGAUUUAAGGUAAAAGUGGUUAUUGCACCGGGAACGCACAACUCCGAACUUGCUGUUAAUAAACAACUUAAUGACAAGGAAAGGGUUGCUGCUGCCUUGGAAAAUAAUCAUCUUAUUGAAGUUAUUGACCAGUGCAUCAGUUCUGUGAUAUAAAUUAACGUUAAACAAAUAAUUUGUGUAGGAAAAUGUUUCAAUUAUAUCAUAUAUUAUGUAAUCAAA